AUGCAGGGAGGCAAUCUCGACAUUAUUUCUGCCACCGAGGCGCUGAGUUCUUGGCCAGUGGAGGAUGCAGUGAUUGUACUUUUUACCGGAAGUGACCAGAGCAAAUUUCCCGCUGCUGGCCGCGGGUACAACAAGAUAGCUCAAACCAUCCAAACCUCCACCGUGCAGCCAACGAGCGAGGAACCGACAUCCACUACCAUCACCACAACGGAUGUGUAUUAUCCUCCCAGCUGCGGACUCUGCAUUUUGCUGGAUGCGUCAGUGGAAGGUUGGGAGACAUAUCCGACGCAGGUGGAAUAUAUGAUACAGUUAGCCCUACCAAUCAUUCAACAGGCUGUAGCCGCUCCCUACGGGUUUUCGAUUUGUGUUAAGAUUUUUGGACAGGGCGAUUCGGUCCGUCGCUGCAGCUCUGAUUACAAAUGGCUCAUUACUCGUUGGGAAGAGCUGAAUCAAAACGUGUCAAUGGCAAAUGCCGGGAAUACGACGAUCGCGGACCAGAUGGCAUCGCUAAGCCUUUGGCGAUCAUGCGCUGAUUCCGACAGGGAGAUUGCCCUGAUCUUCACAAACAGUGAUCAAGCCGAGGUCGAUGCCGUACCACCAUUUUACGGAUCUAAUACGUUAGUCAGAUAUGGACAUGCAUUCUCAGGUGCCAAUCUUGGGCGCAUAGCGCAUCCAGUCGGGCUCCCUCUCACGGAAACCAUGCUCCAUGCGGCAGACGAAUAUUGUCGAUAUCAACUGGAGCCAUCCGAUAGCCCAACCUUUCCACCCGAUCCGACGCCCUACCCUACUGGACCAACGCUUCCGACACCUUCUGCCGAGUUCUGCAUGCUGAUCUUUAUCUUAGAUGGAUCGAUAGAAGCAUUGGAUUCGUUCGGCGAGCAAAUCACAUUGAUGACAGAAGCAGCGAUCACCAUGUUCAAAGAGUUACAAGAUCUGCGGUUUUCGCUUGUAAUAGCUGGUGGGGUUGUAGGCCAGAGCGAAUUUGACAUCGAUAAUGCUUUCCAUUCAUAUACUAACGUGUAUUGGUAUUACGACUACGUAUUUGCCGUUGGCCGCAAGAAUGUCACGAGGCUCGCCGCUUUGAAUCACACUAUUGCUGAUACCUUGGCUACCUUGCGUGGGGAACUCUACCCGGAUCUAGGAGCUGCCUUCUUCUUCAGUAACAGCCCCCAAGCGGAAGUCGACGCGAUCCCGACGUCAGAUUUCCGCCGGCAACUCUAUGGCUACAGUCUAGCAGGGGCUGACCUCAGCAGGAUCGCCAAGCCCUUCCAAAUUCCGCUGACAGAAGACACUAUCGCGGACUUUCGCGAUCUUUUUUGCUUGGGCCCUGGA